GGCGCCAUUUUGGCCCCAGAGGUGCUUCUGGGAAGUUGCGCGCGGACCUUCACUUAGCCGGCCUGUGAGGUACGGCCCUUUCGGGUAGCUGGCGUGUCGGGAUCGGGGCGUUUGCGCCGGCCGCGGCCGACUUCUCCGGACCCUCGGACGAGGCCGAGGCGCGGCGCCGCCGAGGGAGGUCACUCUGCCAGGAAGGACGUGACGGGGGCGGCGCGUGUCGCGGACACUCCCCGCCGAGAGCCCGCCCGCCAUGGACUCGGAGUACUACAGCGGGGACCAGUCAGAUGAUGGUGGUGCUACCCCAGUCCAGGACGAGCGGGAUUCGGGGUCCGAUGGUGAGGAGGAUGUCAAUGGGCAGCACUCCGGAUCCGACACUGGGAGUGGAGAACAGCAUUCAGAGAAUGAAACUAGCGAUCGAGAAGAUGGCUUGAACAAGAGACUUAAUGGAACAGACUCUGAGAACGAUGAGCCCUCCAAUCUUAAUGCCAGUGAUUCUGAAAGUGAGGAACUUCACAGGGCAAAGGACAGUGACUCUGAAUAUGAGGAGCAUGCAGAGUCUCCUGCAAGUUAUUCUGAAAAUGAAGACGUCAACCAGCAUGGGAGCGACUCUGAAAAUGAAGAGCUUCUUAAUGGACAUGCAAGUGACUCAGAAAAGGAAGAGGUUAGAAAGCAUGCUGCCAGUGACUCUGAAGCUGAGGACACUCUACAGCCUCAGGUCAGUGAGUCGGACAGCGAAGAUCCCCCAAGGCCCCAGGCCAGUGACUCAGAAAAUGAGGAGCCUCCCAAACCUCGUAUAAGUGACUCAGAAAGCGAGGAGCUCCCCAAACCUCGGAUCAGUGACUCGGAAAGUGAGGAGCCCCCAAGGCCACAGGCCAGUGACUCAGAAAGUGAGGAGCUCCCCAAACCCCGAGUCAGCGACUCAGAAAGUGAGGAGCCUCCACGGCCACAGGCCAGUGACUCGGAAAGUGAGGAGCUCCCCAAACCCCGAGUCAGCGACUCAGAAAGUGAGGAGCCUCAGAAAGGACCUGCUAGUGAUUCGGAAACCGAGGAUGCCUCCAGACCCAAACACAAGCCAGAGUCAGACGACAGUGAUGCAGAGAAUAAGAGGGAAGAUUCGGAAAUGCAGAAUGAGUCAGAGGGCCAUGCAGACAGAAAAAGACUCCACAGCUCUGACAGUGAGGAGGAGGAAGAACCGAAAAGGCAGAAACUGGAUAGUGAUGAAGAUGAAGAAAAGGAGGGGGAUGAGGAGAAAGUAGCAAAGCGGAAGGCUACUGUGCUUUCUGAUAGUGACGAUGAAGAAAAAGCAUCAGCAAAGAAGAGUCGAGUUGUCUCUGAUCCUGACGAUUCUGAUAGUGAUGUUGUAUCAGACAAGUCAAGUAAAAAAGAGAAGACAGCAGCAUCUGACAGUGAAGAAGAAGAAGGAGGGAAAGAAGAAUCAUCUGGAAAAAAAAAUGAAGAGAAGGACCUAUUUGGGAGUGACAGUGAAUCAGGCAAUGAAGAAGAAAAUCUUAUUGCAGAUAUAUUUGGAGAAUCUGGUGAUGAAGAAGAAGAGGAAUUUACAGGCUUUAACCAAGAGGAUUUGGAGGAAGAGAAGAAUGAAACACAGCUGAAAGAAGCUGAAGACUCGGACUCUGAUGAUAACAUCAAAAGAGGAAAGCAUAUGGACUUUCUGUCGGAUUUUGAGAUGAUGUUACAACGAAAAAAGAACAUGUGUGGCAAACGUAGGCGAAAUCGAGAUGGGAGUACUUUUAUUAGUGAUGCAGAUGACGUUGUGAGCGCCAUGAUUGUAAAGAUGAAUGAAGCUGCUGAGGAAGACAGGCAAUUGAAUAAUCAAAAGAAGCCAGCACUGAAAAAAUUAACCUUAUUGCCUACUGUGGUUAUGCACCUUAAAAAGCAGGAUCUUAAAGAAACAUUUAUUGACAGUGGUGUGAUGUCUGCCAUCAAAGAAUGGCUUUCACCUUUACCAGAUAGAAGUUUGCCUGCACUGAAGAUUCGGGAAGAAUUGUUGAAGAUUCUGCAAGAGCUACCUAGUGUAAGCCAGGAGACCCUGAAGCAUAGUGGGAUUGGACGAGCUGUGAUGUAUCUGUAUAAACACCCCAAGGAAUCAAGGUCCAACAAGGAUAUGGCAGGGAAAUUAAUCAAUGAGUGGUCUCGGCCUAUAUUUGGACUUACCUCCAACUAUAAAGGAAUGACAAGAGAAGAAAGGGAGCAGAGAGAUCUAGAACAAAUGCCUCAGCGGCGAAGAAUGAGCAGCACUGGUGGUCAGACACCGCGAAGAGACUUGGAGAAGGUGCUGACAGGAGAGGAAAAGGCUCUUAGACCUGGAGAUCCUGGCUUCUGCGCCCGUGCUAGAGUCCCAAUGCCAUCAAACAAGGACUAUGUCGUCAGACCCAAGUGGAAUGUAGAAAUGGAGUCAUCCAGGCCUGGCAUUCUUAAAAAGGGCCUAAGUCGGUUGGAAAAGCAUAAGAGGCGGUUUGCAGAACAGAAGAGGCUCAGCAAAAUGCACCGUGCUGUCAAGUUCAGCAUUGAAGGCAACAGAAUGCCCCUGUAGUCCUGGCCCUGCCAGAGUGUGUAUACAAGAGGUAUUCCCAAGGAAGCAUGAGCUGUGCAUGGGCUUGAGUUGCCAGCAGAGUGGAAACAAGUGUGUGCUUUUUUAGUCAGCCAAGGUGAUCCUGGCCAGCAUCCUGAGACAUAAGGCCUCUGAAUCCUUAGGAGUUGGUACUGGGGUCCCCUUCUAUGUCAGUAUCCUAGAGACUAAUAGAUCAUUACU